GAUUUCCAUCUUCACUCUUGGUGUUCAAAAGAUCCGCCAUUGGAGAAGCUAUUUUCAUUCUAUUCUAGUCCUCUCGCUCCAAUAUGGGUUCUCUGUCUCCAUUUUCAGAUGCUGUUUCUCCCUCGCCGUCCAAACAAUCCCUCCCUCUGAUCGACGAGGCCGCCCUCCUCAGCCUCUUCAAAUCUCAGCAGAGCCACAUCAACUUCUUCUUCAACCACAUCGACCAUUCCCAAACACUUGCAUUCACUCGUACCCUCCUCAAUUCCUCCGGUACCAUCUUCUUCACCGGUGUCGGCAAAUCUGGAUUCGUCGCUCACAAGAUCUCUCAGACUCUAGUCUCCCUCGGCAUCACAUCUGCAUUCCUAUCCCCCGUCGAUGCUCUCCAUGGUGACAUCGGAAUUCUUAGCUAUCGUGACGUUGUCGUCCUUUUCAGCAAAUCUGGUAACACCGAGGAACUUGUUAGGCUUGUUCCUUGUGCCCGGGCCAAGGGCGCCUAUCUGAUAUCGGUCACCUCCGUCGAAGGGAAUGUGUUGGCUGGCAUGUGCGACAUGAACGUGCAUUUGCCUUUGGAGAGGGAAUUGUGUCCGUUUAAUCUGGCUCCGGUGACUUCUACAGCCAUCCAGAUGGUUUUCGGGGAUACGGUGGCAAUUGCUCUUAUGCAAGCCAGAAAUUUGAGCAAGGAAGACUACGCCAGCAAUCACCCUGCAGGGAGGAUUGGCAAACACCUUAUCUUCAAGGUAAAGGAUGUCAUGAAGAAGCAGGAUGAGCUUCCUGUUUGCCGGGAAGCAGAUCUUAUUAUGGAUCAGCUGGUGGAAUUAACAAGUAAAGGAUGUGGAUGUCUGCUUGUUGUAGAUGAGCAACAUCAUCUGAUUGGGACAUUCACAGAUGGUGAUCUCCGACGCACGCUCAAAGCUAGUGGGGAGGGCAUUUUCAAGCUCACUGUGGGGGAAAUGUGCAACAGGAAACCGAAAAUCAUUGGUCCGGACGCUAUGGCGGUGGAGGCCAUGAAGAAGAUGGAAGCACCUCCGUCACCCGUACAGUUUUUGCCUGUUAUCAAUGAUGAAAAUGUCUUGAUUGGGAUUGUUACUUUGCACGGUUUGGUUUCAGCAGGGUUAUAAAACUAUCUGUGCCUGCCACUGCUUAGAGUGAUCAAUUUUUUCCCAGAAAAAUUUAUACCAUUCUUUGUAGUAUAAUGUAUGAAUCCAACCCCUAUAGAGUUGGGGUUCAGCUAUUGUAUCAUGUAUUCACAUUAAAAGUAGACAUGCCUUGUCAUGCAUCUUAUGAAAUUCUAGAAAAUAAUCAUAUUAUUAGUUUAUAAAUAAUCGAGUUAGUAAUUU